AUGACUAAUUUGAUGGAACUGGGAAUGGGUACGAGGAGAAAUGGCAUGAGAGAACCAGUGAUUUCGAAUGACAAGCAUAAACAAACACCACUGAGGGGUCCUGCUCCACAAAAUCUAACUGCUCCUGGAGUUAUUAGAGUUCCAAAUCCAAAUUAUGAAGAAGAAGAUAUUGGAUUUGAGUCUGAAGAUAGCGUCUCCGAAGAUGAAGAAGAUGUAGCUGAACUUUUUUACAAUAACAUCGAAGAAGAUAUAGGAAACAACAUUCAUAGUGAGCCACAAUCUAAAAGAAAGCGAACUUUUUUAGACAACUAUCAGCGGCAAAAUAUUUGUGAGGUUUUGAUCAAUUCAAGCUCUGGUAGAAAAAUUAAUAAGGGGGUUGUUAAACGGUUGUCUUCUUCCUAUCAAGUAUCCGUAGAUGUUAUUUAUGCGAUUUGGAGGCAAAAAAUUGAAACAAGUGAUGUUUGUCACAAGAAAACAAAAUGUGGUCGGAAAAAAAAAGUCAUAGGUAUCGAAAAAAUACGUGAAAUACCGCUACACAAACGUAGCAGUCUUCGAUCUCUAGCAGAAGCAUUAGAGUGUACCACUGGACAACUAAUGAGGUUAAUAAAAAAAGGUGUUUUGCGUCGGCAUUCAAGUGCACUAAAACCACACAUGACAGAUGAUAAUAUGAAAGCUCGUCUUAGAUUUUGUUUGUCCAUGUUGGAGGAAAGUAGCAUUCCAUUUGAGCCAAAGUUUAAGUCAAUGCACAAUGUUAUUCACAUAGAUGAAAAGUGGUUCUCUGUGACCAAAAAAUCUCAGAAUUAUUACCUUCUUGCAGAUGAGGAUGAUCCAUACCGUCCAUGCAAAAACAAAAAUUAUCUAAUGAAGGUCAUGUUUAUAGUUGCAGUGGCUAGACCUAGGUUUGAUUAUGCAGGUCAUGAAACAUGGUCGGGAAAAAUUGGAGUGUGGCCUCUAGUUGAAAAAGUGCCUGCAAGAAGGUCCAGUGUCAAUAGACCCGCAGGGACACUCGAAACAAAACCAAUCGGUUCUAUUACUAGAGAAGUUAGUCGAAUGUACUUAAGAGACAAGAUUUUACCGGCCGUCAAAGAAAAAGUGCCACCAGAACUUGCAUCGGAAACAAUUUACAUUCAACAAGAUAAUGCACCGUGUCAUGUUUCUGUUGAUGACGAAGAAUUUCAAGCAGCGGCUUCUGAAGGUGGAUUUGACAUCCGUUUGAUUAAUCAGCCACCUAAUUCUCCUGAUUUAAAUGUAUUGGAUUUGGGAUUUUUUGCAGCCAUUCAAGCAUUACAACAAAAGAAAGUGACAAGGACGGUUGAUGAACUUAUUCAAGCAGUGCAAACUUCGUUUGAUGAAUUUUCUAGUGUGGAUUCAAACAAAAUAUUUCUUACACUUCAGUCGUGCAUGAUUGAAAUCAUGAAGGUUAAAGGGUCCAAUAAAUACAAGACUCCUCAUAUGAAGAAAGAUGUCAUGCUUAGACAAGCUACACUACCCACUACACUAAAUUGCGAUCAAGAAUUGGUUGCUGAAAUUAGUGAACUCUUGCAGGGUAUGGAGUGA